UCAGUAACCGCACGUUAUCGAAACACUUCCUGCCUGCGACGCUCCACGGCUGACGGCAGAAUGACAUUAUGAGGCGAUAACUGCGUUGUAUGCUCGUAAACUCUUCUGUUUAAGUUUCAUUCACUCCCGUCUGACAUAUCUAAUGUGGAGCACAAUACUGAGCCCUCGUGUGAUUGGUAGAACGGGUUUCUAUUGGAGGAGUCUGUACACUAUGCAGCUGAAGACCAGUGAGUUCCAGUCUCUGUUCACUGAUGGACUGAACGGACUAGCAGAGCUGUUUGAGAAGCACCAGCAUGAGCUGAGGAUAGCCGGAGGUGCUGUACGGGACCUGCUGUCUGGGAAGCGGCCUGAAGAUGUGGACUUUGCCACAACAGCCACUCCGGAGGAGAUGAAGCGCAUGUUUCAAACCGCAGGCAUCAGGAUGAUCAACAAUAAAGGAGAGAAGCAUGGGACCAUUACAGCGAGGCUACACAAUGAGAACUUUGAGGUGACCACGCUGAGAGUGGAUGUUCAGACGGAUGGACGUCACGCGGAGGUGGAAUUCACCACUGACUGGCUGAAAGACGCCGAGCGGAGAGACCUCACCAUCAACUCCAUGUUUUUAGGUCUUGAUGGCACAUUAUAUGACUAUUUCAAAGGAUAUGAGGACCUGCAGAACCGUAAAGUUCGGUUUGUUGGCAGCGCUGAGCAAAGAAUCCAAGAAGACUACCUGAGAGUACUGCGAUACUUCAGGUUCUACGGCAGGGUGGCUUCGGAGCCUGGUGACCACGAACCUGAGACGCUGAGCGCCAUCAGGGAAAACGGCUGCGGACUGGCCGCAAUAUCAGGAGAACGAAUUUGGGUGGAACUAAAAAAGAUGGUGGUUGGUAACCAUGCUGCUCAUCUGCUGGAGCUGAUGUACAGGCUGGAACUGGCCCAGUACAUAGGUUUACCGCCAGAUGGCGAUGUUGAGGAGAUGAAGCAAGUGUGGCGGAAUGCCAAAGACCAGUCUCCCAAACCCAUGACCAUCCUGGCUUCUCUCUUCCACUGCCCGCAGGAGGUGGAAAAGAUGGACAUCCGACUGAAGGUGUCCAGGGAGGAGAAGAAUCUGGCUCUGUUCCUGGUCAAACACAGACGGGAGCUCCGCAAGAGCGAAGACAAGCCAGACAGCCUCAAACCCUUCACUGACUUCAUCAUUGACAGCCGGGAGCUGGAUUCUCAGAGUAAAGUAUGCGAGCUGUUGAAGUAUCAAGGUGAGAAGAAGCUGCUGGCAGACCUCCACAGAUGGUCCAUCCCUCGUUUCCCCAUCAGCGGUCAUGAUCUGAGGAGGAUGGGUGUCACGUCAGGCAAGGAGAUAGGGACUACCUUACAGAAGCUGCGUGACAUUUGGAAGAAAAGUCAUUAUCAGAUGGACAAAGAUGAACUACUCAGUUAUGUAAAGUCUUAAAUGAACAGAAAAGAAGAGGUGUUUUUGUGUCAGAUGACAAUAAUAGUCUGGACACUUGACACUAACUGUGCUGCUCACAGGUAUUGAUUGAGCACACUGAUGCAUAUUGUUGACAAAGGUCCUCACAAGAGCUGAGACAUGCACACCCGCUGACGAAUGCAUUUUCAUUCUAAAUUACCCCACUUCUGUUCAUCUGCAUCGCCGUUUUAAUUUGAAGAGAUCUCACACAAUAUGUUCUCAGCAUCGCAGCUGCCACCUUAUGGGAAAAUGUGUAAUGAACAGUGGCAGCUGAAUUCACCAUAUGUGUUAUUCCAGAGCCCUGCUGUUUACGCACUCAGAUAAACGGCUGCUACUACACUGAUGCUCCGCCAAUAAACCACUUAACCUUGCCGCUCAUUCACUGGUUGGACUGGUGUGAUGAAGGAAGACGAAAAAUGGAGGUAGAAAUCUGUGAUGAAUAGUGAAAUAAAAUCUCGGCCCUGUCACUGUAGAAAACCGUUAUUUUCAUUGUUAAAACUAAUGGACAGCAGAGGUUUGUUUGUGAUAGUUGGUUUUCUCAUACGUUUAACUGCAGUUAUAUAUGGUUUCUUUGUUUUUAAGUGAAGAAAAUGUGUUCUAUCAAAAAGGUUAUACUUUUUAAUUAAAGACACUGACGUGGUGA